AUGUCUAGAACAGUCUAUCUAGUUGUGCUCAUUGGGCUGGUGUCGGCUGCGGCUGCGGCUGCGGAUUUUGCGACAAAACUUCCACAUUUCCGGCACAAGCGGCCCCAUGAGCACAUGCCACCAGGGGAAGCUCCGAGGCCCCACUGGCCCUUCCCUGAGCACAAGCCACCCCAUGAUCACAAACAUGGUCCUCGCUCCAAGCCCGGUCCAUUUGCCCAACCUCCAAGGAUGGCUGGAGCACCGGACCACAUGCCUCACCAUCACAACCACCACGGCCACCAUCCUGCUGGUAGCGCACACCCUCCCAUGGCCCACACAUACAUCCACUUCACCACACACCACUUCAGGAGCACCUGGCACCGGCCUAUUAGAACUGCGAGAGCAUUGAUCUUAUAG